AUGGCAAAUUUAGGGUUUGGAGAAAGGUGGAUUAGAUGGAUCAAAACUUGUGUUACCACAACUAGAGUUUCUGUCUUAGUUAAUGGUUCUCCCACGAAUGAAUUCUGCCCCCAAAAGGGGUUGAGACAGGGUGAUCCGCUGUCACCCUUUUUGUUCAAUGUUGCAGCAGAAGGGUUGAAUCUGCUGUUGGAAAGGGCUAAGAGAUUGGGUGUAAUAAAAGGAGCUACUGUUGGAUCUACAGGGUUGAAAUUAUCACACCUCCAGUUUGCAAAUGAUACUCUCUUAUUUUGUGCAGCAGAGUUGGAGGAGAUUGUUAAUGUUAAAAGAAUCCUUAGAUGCUUUGAGGUGAUGUCAGGGCUGACAAUUAAUUUUCAUAAAAGUGUGGUGUGUGGUGUAGGCAUCAAUGAUGAUCAGGUUCAGGUACUUGCCUCGUCUAUGCAUUGUGUAACUCAGAAGUUACCUAUCAAGUAUUUAGGUUUACCUCUUGGUGCAAAUCCUAGAAGAACAAAAACUUGGCAAAAUGUGGUGGAUAAGGUUAAGUCAAGGUUAGCUCUUUGGAAAAGGAAGCUCUUGUCUUUUGCUAGUAGGCUAACAUUGGUCAAAUCAGUUAUGGAUAGUUUACCGGGGUACUAUAUCUCCAUUUUCAAGUUGCCCAAAGGAAUAGCAAAGGAAAUUGAUAAGUUGAAGGCUGCUUUUUUAUGGGGCAGUUCUGAGUUUCGGAGGAAGAUUCAUAUGGUUAAGUGGACGGAUGUAACACUUAGCAAAGAUAAGGGAGGGCUGGGUAUAAGGAAGGCUAAGGAAUCAAAUGACUGCUUGUUACUAAAGUGGUGGUGGAGGUAUGGGGUAGAGGAUGAGUCACUGUGGAAGAGGGUUAUUGUUAGCAAGUAUGGGGCUGAUGGAGGCAGGUGGCUCCCAAUACAGAAUGGGGAAGGUAAGGAAUCUGUUGUGUGGAGUGAUAUCCUGAGUGUGGCUGCAUUAAAUCCUGAGUUGUUCCAAUUUUUUGCUUCUAAACUACAGAUUGUGGUAGGGAAUGGGAGUAGGAUUCUGUUUUGGCAUGAUAGGUGGUGCAUGAAUUUGAAGUUGAAAGAGGAAUUUCCUAGGUUAUUUAGGCUUUCUAUGGAGAAAGAAGAAAAGCUCAGUUACUUUAUGCAGAGGAGGGAUAGGGAUGGUCAUUGGAGUCUACAGUUUAGAAGACCUCUGUUUUCUUGGGAGGAAGAGGAGGUCGGAAAGUUGCAAGAGUUAACUAAGGAUGUCCCUAGGUUGAAUGAAAAUCUUUGUGAUGGUGUAAAGUGGACAGCAUCUGCGUCUGGUGUGUUCACAGUGGCAUCUGUGAGAUCUUGGCUUCAGAAAAAUUCUGGAACUAGCUUACAGGUUCCUAAGAUGCUCUGGAAUAAUCUGGCACCUCCUAAAGCCCAAUUCUUGUGUUGGCUGGCUUGGAGAGGAAGGGUAAAGGCUGCAGUUGUUCUGCAAAGACUAGGGGUGUUAGGGGGUAAUGCAAAUGUUGCCUGCCCUUUCUGUCUUGCUGCAGAAGAAUCAGUAGAUCAUCUGUUUGUGCAGUGUCCUCAAAUAUGGAAGGUUUGGGGAAAGUUGAUGCAGUGGUGGAACUUAUGCUGGGUCUCUCCUGCUACAGUGGAUGGAGUUCUUUCUUGGUGGUUGGGAACUAAGCAUAGGAAACUAGUGAAGAAAAUCUGGAUGCUGGUCCCAGUGGCAAUGCUGUGGUCAACCUGGAGGCUUCGGAAUGAGAUUGUGUUCAAGGGUCAUUUACCAGAUAUGUUGGAGCUUGGUGAGGUAGUUAAAGUGAGGGUGGAGUACUGGGUUCGAGCUUCACUGCCUUCUGUCCAUUACUCAGUGCAUCACAUAGUGGAGAACCUGAGUCAGAUUCGCCGCCAUAAUGCUUGGAUGCCUCCAUUUUGUAAAGAAAGGGUGAUUUGUUUGGCAAUUAAAACGAUUGGAUUAUUAGCAAUAAUUAUUGUUCUUGGUGAUAAUGCGCAUGAAUUAUUAGAAGAAUUAUUUUCCAUGUAUUUCGAAAUUCUCAAUUUUGAAGCAAUGAUUAUUGGUCGUGGUGAUAAUGCACAUGAAUUAUUCGAAAAAUCACUUUCCACGUAUUUUGAAACCCUCAAUUGUGAAGAUGAGUCUGCAAAAGACUUGAAAUGUUUAGCUAUUGUGACUUUCGUUGAUGCAAAAGAUUCUUGGGAGAUUGAAAAUUUGAUGAUAAUAAUUUGGGAAUUCAUUGUUGCAAAUUCGGUCUCGGAUUUAUCUGAUCAUAAUGAUGGGGCUUAG